AUGGAUCCCAUCAACCGGCCCAAGACACAAAGUCCCUGGCGUCAAUGUCUCGUGGGGCUGCUAUUCCAGCUUCUUCUGGCUUUGUGCCUCUUCUCUUACCUGCGUGUGAUUCCAGGCAAGUCCACCACCACAGAGCCCCCCAUCAAAACGGACAACAAGUCCUACCCCAUGACCCCCCAUCCACCCCCCCUUGUCAUUCUGCUAUGGACAUGGCCUUUCAAUAAGCCGGUGAAUUUGUCCCCCUGCUCGAAGCUGUGGCCCGGCAUGGCUGACUGCCAACUGACUGCUGACCGCAAAAUGUACCAGAAGGCAGACGCAGUCAUAGUGCAUCAUCGUGAGGUCAGCUACAGGCCUCGGGAGCUGCUCCCCCGUUCCCCAAGACCACCAGGCCAGCGCUGGGUCUGGUUUAGCUUGGAGUCCCCCACCAACUGCCAGCAGCUGAAGGCCCUAGAUGGCUACUUCAAUCUGACCAUGUCCUACCGCAGAGACUCGGACAUCUUCACACCUUAUGGCUGGCUCGAGCCCUGGUCCGGCCAACCCGCUGAUACACUGGCCCGCCUCUCAGCCAAGACCAAGCUGGUGGCCUGGGCAGUGUCCAACUGGCAAGUGAACUCGGCCCGGGUGCGCUACUACCAGCAGCUCCAGCCCCACCUCCAGGUGGAUGUGUACGGGCGUUCCCACAAGCUGCUGCCCUCUGGGGUCAUGAUGGAGUGUUUGUCGCAGUACAAAUUCUACCUGGCUUUUGAGAACUCUCUGCACACGGACUACAUCACAGAGAAGCUCUGGAGGAACGCGCUGGAAGCCUGGGCUGUGCCUGUGGUGUUGGGCCCCAGCAGGACCAACUACGAGCGCUUCCUACCACCCGACGCCUUCAUCCACGUGGACGACUUCCCCAAUGCCCAGGCCCUGGCCCAGCACCUGCAGGCGCUGGACAAGGACCAGGCUGCCUACCUGAGGCACUUCCGCUGGCGUGAGACGCUGCGGCCCUGUGUCUUCUCCUGGGCCCUGUCCUACUGCAAGGCCUGCUGGAAGCUUCAGCAGGAGAACAGGUACCAGACUGUGCUCAGCAUCGCCUCCUGGUUCACAUGA